AUGGCGACUAGUACGUGUAUUCCCUCCACCUUCACACCCAUUCUUCAAAACUUGACUUCCAGAAACUCCAUUGCUAUGGUGGGUUUGCUCUCUUAUGCUCCCAAAACCUUGAAGCCUCUCUCUUAUGCCCAGAGCUUCGGUUUCAGUUCACUCUCCACCGCCAGAAAACCGCCCAGAAAAUUGCUUCAAUUCCAAGUGAGAUCAGUGGCCACUCCUGCGGAAGCUAUUGCUGGGUUUGAAGAGAUGGUUACUGGGACUCAGCGAAAGUAUUACAUGCUAGGUGGUAAAGGUGGAGUGGGAAAGACGAGCUGUGCAGCUUCACUUGCUGUAAAGUUUGCUAACAAUGGGCAUCCCACUCUUGUGGUUUCCACUGAUCCAGCACAUUCCUUGAGUGAUUCCUUUGCUCAGGAUUUGACUGGAGGCACGCUUGUACCAGUUGAUGGGCCUGAUGCUCCACUUUUUGCUCUGGAGAUAAACCCUGAGAAGGCAAGGGAAGAAUUCAAAACUGCAAGUCAGAAAAAUGGUGGAACAGGGGUCAAAGAUUUUAUGGAUGGAAUGGGCCUUGGGAUGCUUGCUGAACAGUUGGGAGAGUUAAAACUGGGAGAACUGCUAGACACACCUCCUCCUGGUUUGGAUGAAGCUAUUGCGAUUUCUAAGGUGAUACAAUUUCUCGAAUCACCAGAAUAUAACAUGUUUACUCGUAUAGUCUUUGAUACUGCACCCACGGGCCAUACAUUGCGACUUUUAUCCUUGCCAGACUUCUUGGAUGCAUCAAUUGGCAAGAUAUUGAAGCUUAGACAAAAGAUAUCUUCUGCCACCUCAGCCAUCAAAUCCGUUUUUGGGUCAGGGGAAAGCAAUUCUGGAGCAUCAGACAAAUUAGAGAAACUACGGGAGAGGAUGAUUAAAGUGCGGGAGCUUUUUCGUGAUACCGAUUCCACAGAAUUUGUCAUAGUAACAAUACCCACGGUCAUGGCAGUCAGCGAGUCAUCUAGGUUGCAUGCCUCUUUGAAGAAGGAAACUGUUCCUGUGAAGCGACUUAUUGUUAAUCAGAUUCUUCCCCCAUCUGCCUCAGACUGCAAAUUUUGUUCAAUAAAAAGAAAGGAUCAGAUGCGUGCUCUUGAUAUGAUCCGGAGUGAUAUAGAGCUCUCUGACUUGACAUUGAUCCAGGCUCCACUAGUUGACAUGGAGAUCAGAGGAGUGCCUGCCCUUCGAUUUCUGGGAGACAUGAUUUGGAAAUGAUCAUCAAUCUGCACACUCCACGCUGCACAGUCAUACAAUUGAUGAUAAACCGAACACCUUUUUGUUCAACGACAGCCUUCCCAUAUGAGAAAAUGGGUUAAAUUAAAUGUCCCCUGUAUUUAUCCAGAGAAUUCAUUUCAUCUUAAAUUUACACUUCUGUAUGAGUAGAGUGACUCAAAAUUUGACUUCUGGCAGUUCAAAAAUUCGACAACUUGAAUA